CAAAAUAAUAAUUGAUGUAUCAAACACAAUAAAAGUACUUACAAAAGGCUUAGUGGGUUAGCUAAUGGCUAGAUAACCGUGACCAAAAAUUCCUAUGCUUUUCAGAUUUUAACUUCGUGUAUUUUUUUAUUAAAAAGGAGACAAUAAAUUUGUUUAGUGAACUCAGUUGCGGUUGCACCAUGGACCAACCGUAACUUGCCUUAGGUUGAGUGUUUUUUUGGAAAUUUCGAUAGAGAACGGGCGACGACAAUGGCGGGAAAGACGCCGCCGGACUGGUGCGUCGAGAGGGAUUCACGAAGAAGGCAGAUGAGGGGUUCAGUUUGAGGAGUUAGGGAGUGUUUGGUUUGUUUAAAUUUUGAAAUAUUGAGAGUAUAUAAGUCAUUUAUCAUUAGAGUUAGGACCACCGUUAGCAAUUUUAAGGGCAACAUUUAGCGAUUUAGUUUUAUUGUGGGAGCCUCUUGCAUUUGGGAAAAUGGAGAAGCAAAUAUUUGUUGCAGAAUUUUUUUUUUGUCUUUGGUGAAAGAUUAAUUUAUUCAAGAAGAAGCAGCGGCUUUGGGCUUGGAAUUGUGAUUAUUAUCCCAAUUCAUAAAUUUUUGUGGGCAGGCAAUAACUGAAGUAAUUUUGGAGUUUUUGCUGGAGUUGUCUACUGCACAAUUUGGAAUUAUUAUUUGGUUAGAAUUUAGUGAAGUUUGGUUGGAGUUUGUUUGAUAGUAAGAAUUUAUGUUAGUAUGGAGAUUGAUAGGUUUAUUGGAGAAAAUUAUUGUACCAAGAAGCCAAUCGAUACAAGGUGUCUGGCGGAUCAAGAUAAUUGCUGAGGUGAAGAUACAGAGUUUGUGGUUCUUGUCUUGAGGGGAGGAUAGUUAUGGGACAAUCCAAGUAUCACAUCGAAAAUACAAGGGAAAGAACCCUUGUAUAUAAGAGUCCACCUAGUUCAAUUAGUACGAGGCCUUUUGGGGAGGACACCCAAGAGUAAAACCAUGGUGGCUCGCCCCAAAGCGGACAAUAUCGUACUAAUUGAGCUGCCCGAUUUGACAAGUGGUAUUAGAGCCUGAUUCGGUUCUAGGGUGGUGGACAUCAGUUUGGUGGGUCCCUCGUUCGGUGACCUCGGGAUUUGCAAUCCACGUCUGUUUGGCAGAUCAAAGAGAAUUUUGCGUCUGGACUGUUUGGUGGAUCCAGGAGAAAUCUGCGUCUGUUUUGCGGUUCAAAGCUAUUGAUACUGAUACUAAAGUCUCCUGUCAUUUCAUUCACAAGACUGGACAUAUGGGAUGGGCAGCAGAAGGACUUAGUUACUAAUUAGUCAUUUACUACUUUGUACGAUCAUCUAAAUAGAUAAGAAUGUCAUUCAAUUUUUUUCUACGAUUUUGAGUUUUACCGACAUUUUUCUAACAAAUUGGUCAAGGAUCAUUCAACUGGAUUAGUGGUGGUAGCUCAAUUAACUUGACCUUGUCCAACAUUAUAGUAUAUAUACCAAUAUCAUACUCCGUGAAUAUUGUAAUUCUUGUUUGAUGACAGUAUACGUACCAGUAGCAAAGACUCGAUAAAUAUUGUAAUUCUUGUUUUUUUUCGUAUCGAUGCACUUACUGCCAACAAAAGUCGUUUGUGAGAUUGAUGUUAAUUACGUGACGUGGAACUUGUGUAUUAAUCAUUAGAGAACUUACUUGAUAUCUUGUUUGUAAUUAUUUAAUCACAUCUAUUUUUACCUACUUUUGUAUUCAUAGUGCCGAUUAUUAUUUCCAAUUAUCUGCCAAAUUUGACAAUAACAUUAACCAUGUAUGGUUCUUGAAAUAUGUCUCGUUUUUCACUUGACAUUGGAAAAGGAAAGAAAAAGGAGGUGGCCAAAAGUCGCCGCCGUUUGCAACCACGGCGGUCCGGUUGACCGGACCCCAAACCCCCACGAACCAACUUUCCAACCAAAUCACGACACGUGUGCCAAUGGGGUCCAUCAAAUCCCCAGAUAUUUUUCUGCUGAGCAGCAAUCGUCUGCCUGCCUGCCUACAUUCCCCAUCCGCGUCGCCUACCAAACCGUCAGAACUCAGACGAGACCUCAGGGGUAAGCUCGACACUUCACGAAACAAACUUUAUACCGGGGUUAAUUGCAUGGGUGGUCAUUGUGAUUACAAAAAACGUUCAAGUUUGGUCACUUGAAAUAUUUAAAUCCAUUUGUAGUCACUAAAAUUAGUAAAACCGUCAAAGUUUGGUCACUCUCCGUUAGUCUCCGUCAAUCUCCGUUAACGACGUCAACUUUUUGAUGACGUGGCUAACAGAAAAGUCUAGUCACCAAAUUUAAACCAAAAAUUAAAAAAAUAUUAUUUGCCACAUCAGGUAAUUCAGCCCAACCAAUGACUCAAACCCUAACCUAACUUAUUGACCUGCCAUCAACAAUCCAUAUUUACACCUCUUCCUCUAGCUCCGCCGCAUCCUCAAUCUCUAUUCUUCUUCCUCCGCUGCUUUUAAACCCAGUUCUCAAAAAUCCCCUCUUUCAAUUGGAACCAAAUUGAGCCCAAGAGACAUGAGUAGAUGAAGCGGCCAACGUGAUGAGUCUAUACUUUACAUAUAUGAUUGGGGUAGAUGAUUGGCUCGCCAGAGAAGAUGAAGCGGCCAACAGAUCUGAAUGAGGAAGAUGAUUGGCUCGCUGGAUCCUUUGCUUCUUUUCGAUAAUGGAGGGGUAAUAAGAGGGGCUAGGCGGUUGGAGUCGGAUGGAGAAGAAUAGUGUUGGGGAGAGGAUCUUAAGCGACGAGUUGGAGAAGAAAUUGAAAGGCAGUUACCCUGUUUUGGAGGUGGUGGUCAAUUUCAUCACAAUGACUUCUUCCUUCAUCUACGAGUCUCUCCUUCACAACCCCUCUCUUGGCAUUUCAUCCACCCCAAAAAUUACCUCUGAUUUUCAUCUAUUCCGCCUGGGAGAAACAAGAAAUUUGAUUAAUUGGGUAUUUGGGUGGAUAUACAGAGGUAGAGAGGCUGUCAGUGAUGGCGAAUAGAAAUAGAGAAGUGGUGUUUAGCCCGGGCUCCAAGGAUACAAGAAUUCACCGACAUCCCCGCACCGCCCUUCUCUGUCGCGUCCCCUUACUCCCGCCUCGACCUCUUCACCUCCUCCACCCUGCCGUCUGCCGUCGGAUCGACUACAUCUUUGAUUAUGAUAUUCUAGACACUUGGCUGGUCGAUUCUGUCCAACUUGAGGAAAUGCGACCGAUUCAAGCACCAUUCGGACUUGGUUGUCGAAGGGAAUGCAAGAAAAAUGAAGAACUAGAAUUCAUAUCUGUAAAGGAAACAUGGAUAAACCCUUAUUUUGUUUGAGUGGUAGGUUCAUGGAUGGGUGGGUCGGUUUGGUUCAAGGAUUUGGUUGGGUUGGGAUGGGGAAAAAUGACAUGGCGGGUCGGAUUUCACUAUUUUUGGGUUAAAUUAGAUUGACUAGGCAAUUCUGUCUGCCUUGUCAGCACAUAACGGUCUUGGUUAACGGAGACUGACGAAGACUAACGGAGAGUGACCAAACUUGGACGGUUUUACUAAUUUUAAUGACCAUUAAUGAAUUUAAAUAUUUUGA